AACCACCAUAACUCAAAGAACAUAGUUAGUAAUUACCAGAAUCGGAUGUUAAAGAAGUCCUCAAUUGACUGAGAGCAGAGAUUGACUUAUGAGAAUAGACCCUGCAGGCCCAGCUUAAUUUUUUUAUUUCCUUUGAUUUCAGGGAAAGGAGAAGUCACCUCUGGACCCUCGACCUGGUUUUGUCUUUGCCCCAGUGAGUAUUGCUUCUACCUUUCCCAGCAUGCAAAGAGCUGAGCUCAGCUGUGUCCAGGGCAAGUGACAGGGCAAAGCUAAGCCUCCCUCCACUGCUGUGUGUCCUGAUCCGAUUUCUUCUUAGUGGAUCCCCUGCUCUCCCUACACCCUACUCCUGUGGUCCCUUACCCCUAGCCCUUCCUGACCCUAGCACCCUUAGUUUCCCAGUUUUAUGAUCUGUGGUUCUUUCAUCUUACCUCAUAUUUUUCAUGUGUGUUUACAGUGUCCCCAUGAACUUCCUUGUCCCCAGUUGACAGCCUCUAAGCCCCUGGCCUGUAGUUUUUCCCAGGCUUACCAUCCCAUCCCCUUCAGCUGGAGCAAGAAGCCAAAGGAGGAAAAGUUCUCGAUGGUAAUCCUUGCCCGGGGGUCUCCAGAGGAAGCUAAUCGCUGGCCCCGGAUCACUCAGCCUGUCCUUAAACGGCCACGCCAUGUGCACUGUCACCUGUGCUGUCCAGAUGGGCAUAUGCAGCAUGCUGUGCUCACAGCCCGCCGCCAUGGCAGGGAUUUGUAUCGCUGUGCCCGUGUCAGCUCCUGGGGAGAUCUUUUACCUGUGACCACGCCGUCUGAGCUUCUUCCGUCCCCUGUUGAAGAUCCCCCUGAGAGUUAACAAGGAUGUGUAACAAGAGUUUUCUUGCAUCGUGCCUGACAAGGCUAAAGCCACCUGGUAUCCAGGAUGGGAGU